GACACAGCUGCGUUCUAUUUGAGCGAAAUUGUUUGCUCGCUGGAGCAUCUCCAUCGGCAGGGAAUCAUUUAUCGUGAUUUGAAGCCGGAGAACAUCUUGCUGGACAGCCGAGGACAUGUGAAACUGACAGAUUUCGGCCUGUGCAAAGAGUCAAUUGAAGGCGACCAGAAGACACACACAUUUUGUGGUACCAUCGAAUACAUGGCACCGGAGAUAUUGAUGAGGGUUGGGCACAAUAAAGCCGUUGACUGGUGGAGUCUUGGCGCUCUAACAUUUGACAUGCUCACUGGCGGGCCGCCGUUCACUGGCGAAAAUAGAAAGAAGACGAUCGACAAAAUUCUGAAGGGCCGCCUUACGCUACCAUCAUUUUUAAGCGUAGAAGCACGUGAUUUGAUAAAAAAGCUUCUGAAGAGGCAUGUUGAAACAAGACUUGGUGCUGGACCGGAAGAUGCCAAUGAAAUCAAGCAGCACGCAUUCUUCCGCUCAUUCAAUUGGAAUAUGCUGGAUCCUCCGUUCAAGCCGAACAUCACAUCGGAAGACGAUGUUUCGCUUUUUGAUAGUAAAUUCACGAAAAUGACCCCAGUUGACUCGCCUUGUGAUCAGUUCAUUUCGGCAUCGGUGAAUCCAUUCGAAGGUUUUACAUACGUUGCGCCGAGUGUUUUUGAAGAAGCCAAGUCAAAGAGGCAACUAUCACCACGUAAAAAUCAGUGGUAA